CGUUACAGAAAUACAGACUACUAUACCCAUAGUUCUUAUGUAACUGGUACCGCUGCGAUGGGUUGAUUCGGGUCUGUUGGAUGUUCUAUCCGACACGGAACCCAAUGGGUAAGAUAGCCAGUGCUACAGUUCCAGUAGGGUAAUUAAUUGAUAGUAUGGUUCCACGGCAGGGAUUUCCAGAGUGGGGCAUUUCUGUGAGGUGCUGAAAGAGAACUCCAUCGCGAGUCCUGGCCUGGCAGUGAGAUUGUGGCAUUAAGUUCGGGCCCUCUGCGUUAUUAAUUUGGUAAUAAAAUACCUGUUUUUGGAAGCACUUUGUUUACUGGAUACAAAUCAUAGAAAAAGGCUCUACUAACAGAAAGCAAAGGAUAUAACGUACAUCGUAGUAUUAGUCUGUGGUCUCUGGCCAGCUGCAGGUGAUACAUCUUCGAUCCUAUAGCCACGGAUCUGCUGUCCCUUGGAUAGCGAGCACCAAGCCGCCACCCUUUUCGAGAUUUCUGUUAGCGGGCAGUACGGCGGCCAGGGAAGACGUAUCCCGUCCAGCUCUGAGCGAAGUAUGUUGGAGGCGAUGGCGGAACCGACCGCAGACGAUCCCCUUCAGGAUCCGAUGCGAGAUUCCCAGCCUCCAGAAAAGCGAAGACGAACAGUUGAGGAUUUCAACAAAUUUUGUAGUUUUGUUUUGGCAUAUGCUGGCUACAUACCAUCCACAAAGGAGGAGCAUGAUUGGACGCCAUCUGGUUCAAAUUCUCCAGACCGAACAGAAAGUUCUGGGGACACUGAUGGGUGGGAGUCUUCCCACUCCGAUCUGCAGACAUUUCAGACAUUUGUGAAAAAAGCUAAGUCUAGGAAAAAGGCAUUUCGACGCUUGAAGUCUGACAGUUUGCUUGAAAAGAUGAAACUGAAGGAAACUUUGUUUGAAAUGUCUGAGAAACCCAAAUCAGAAAAGAAGAAGAAAAACAAAAAACUUAGUUUAGAGAAUGGAAAGAAAACCAAAGAUCAUGAUGGAGAGAAAAGGUCUCGCAUUAAAAAAAGCAAAAAACGCAAGUUGAAAAAAGAGAGAGCAGAAAAGAAAAUUAAAACUUUGAGUGACACUGACACUGAGGAAGAAAUUGUGAAAUCUGCAUUGCACUCUGAUUCUUGUUCUGUGUCCAGUUUGCCAAACGAGUUAUCUCGGGACUUUACAUCAGAGGUUAAAGGGUGCUUGAGUGCCGAGACAAGCCAGGAUGGAGAUGGCAGCUCAAGUGAGGGAGAAAUGCGUGUCAUGGAUGAGGACAUCAUGGUGGAGUCAGGGGAUGAUUCUUGGGACUUGAUCACAUGUUACUGUCAGAAACCCUUUGCAGGACGUCCAAUGAUUGAAUGCAACCAGUGUGGAACUUGGAUCCAUCUCUCUUGUGCCAAAAUUAAAAAAAACAAUGUUCCAGACAUUUUCUACUGUCAGAAAUGCAGAGAUUCAAGACAGGAAGCACGGAAAUCAGGACAGAAAAAAGACUAGGAACUGAAAACCCUUCCUGCUUUGCAGUAAGCAAUGUUGGUCUAAAGCAGACAAUAGAUUGUAGCCAACAGUCUUGUACAGUGCACAUAACUCCCAAGAUCAUUCAAGAAUAAUGCUGGCUGCAGACACAUGGAUCUUGUUUCUAGGUGCCCUGUGAAGAGAAUGUGCUGAUUUGGAUGUAGACUUCAGUCAGCUGCUGUUUUUGCAGAGACUUUUUCAGGAUAAACUGUGAUGUUUUGCUGAGAAUAAUCAGCCAGCUACAUAGCUGAAAGUGUAUUAACCAGAAUGUGUGUUCCGUUUUGCAGUUUGAAAACCUGUAGAAAGAAAGGUCCGUUACUGAAGAGUUGCACUAGAAGCCACAGGUUUUAACUGUUGGCUUUGUGGUUAUCUAUUCCUGUAUUUAGUGUAUGGCAAGAUUCUCCCUUUUAUGAGUUAAGUUAUGGGUGGGUUUUACACUCAGAAUGCCUUAUUAACAAACACUCCUAGUAAGUUUGACAGUACUUCUGGUAUGAAGGUUCUUUUCAGACAUACCUUCAUUUACUGCUUAUUUUUAAAUUUGGUGUUUUGUUGGGUUCAUUAAUCUCCAUCCUAGUUCCCCUGCACAAAUGUGCAAUUAAGACCUUGUUUGUGGGCUGAAGUAUUUUUCUUAAAUUUGGGUGGGUUUUCAAAACAGCACUUCACUGUAUUAGCAUAGUAAUUUAGUUAGUAUCUUCUGCAGCUUAGUUCAUUUUAAGCUGUUGAAGCUUGUAGGAGACAGCCUAAUAACAUGGCUGAAAUUGUGACUGGAAGCUGCAACUCGGAAAUGGAGAACAGAGUGAUUGGUAAAUACAGCUGCCUGCUUGUGUUGGCCUGUGAUUAGGGGUGGUAUGGGUGGUUAUUGUAACCCGGAUACACAUUCCAUACUGAGCAAAUACCACAGCAGUGCACAGCUCCUUGCAUUCUGUAUAUAUUUUUUUCCCCACGUAUGUUUGCUGUGGUCCCAAACAUUGACCUGGUGAAUGUUUUAACCCCCUUAGGAUUAAGCUCAGUAAGUCAGUUAGAUGAAAAGGUCUUUGCCCCUCCCCUUCAAAAAAUAAAAGUACAGUAAGAAUGGUUGCGUUGAUGGAAAGAUAUUUUUUUCUUAACUUUUAUUUUUUGUUGUAAAUUCUGUUGUUGGCUGUUAAAUUGAAAAAAUGUAUAGCUUGGAAACUGAAAAUGUGAGUUUUUUUUUAAUUCAGCCUUUUUCUGAAAUGUUUUAAUUUUGUGUUUGUUGGGGACUAAAUAUGCUUGUCUCUUACACCUCUUUUGUGGGGAGGGGCUUUGGAGACAUUAAAUGUUGGGAGCCUUUAGUAAUA